CAGUGCGUUAGUAGCGGCGUACUGUUACUACAGCCGGCAGUGAGGCUGUGGGACGUCCUUCUGAGAGGCGCGGAGGGCGGAGGGAUCUACGCCGAGCAGCACGGUCUGUCCCGGUGACGCAGUUGGUUGCUAGGUGUGAAUGAACAGAUGCUUUCUCACAAUUAAGCAGCCCCUCAGUUUACAGGUCGACCACAACAAAGCAACAACUCGUCCUUUUUGCACUGUCCCGGAUACUCCGAGCUAAACAAACAUGGCUCUUUGAACUCGUGAAGUUGUCGGAGCCGAUACAAACAACCCGUGCUUUGCUUAAGCAACGCACCCUCAGUGCUCUACCUUUUCUCUGCAAGAAUGGAGUUUCAUUAUGCUCACCCAGCCCUGCUCUCUGUGGCCCAUCUGUCAGACCCCGCCUGCUAUCAGCAUAUGCUUGGACUUGGACUGAAUCAAAGCGCCAACAGACAAUAUGAUGGCAACAUCAGCUCCUGUUUGGAAGACUCUUCAUGUCUGCCCGGCAGACCCCCUCGCUCUCUCUCACCCACAGGCUAACCACAGCCAAUCACAGGGGUGCAGGGGGGAGGUGUCAGAGGAGAGUCAGCACUUAAUUGGUGAUGGUCUUACUGACUGGAUGACGGAAGAAGUGGAUUUCUCCUCGUACCUCCCAAACCCUCCUUCCCCUCCCUCCUCCACCAAUGCCUCCCUUCCCCCUUCGCCCCUUCACAAUGAUACCCAGGUGCCCUCUGACUUGGAGGUCAUGACCUCUCUGCUGCAAGAGGAACUCGCCCAACUAGAGGACUACUUCCUGUCCGAGCCACUGCAAGAGAAAGGGCCAAGGCUCGGAAAAUGCGACAGGGGUCCACUGCCGGCGGGUCCUCAGCCGUUCAGUCAGCUGCCAUAUGCAUCAUACUCUACAUCCAACCAAUCGGAAUCCAGCCCACUCCUUGUUACCCUGGCAACCGGAGAACUGGACCUGCUGAGUAUCUGUGGCGGGCCCAUUGGGCGAUCCAAAAUUCCAAGACACGCCCCGUACAGCUGCAGUCGCCCCAGUGGGUGUGCUAGGAAAAGAGCUCCGGAUGGUGUGAGGUUCAGUGAAGGCUAUGAUAACAGUCUGUUGAGUUCCAAAGCAAGUAACUCAGGUAACGCAGGGGUGACCCUGACAGGUAACUACGACUGUGUAGAGGACGAGCAGCUGGUAGGGAAGAGCUACUGUCUGGGUAGUGCAGUCGAGGUCAGAAGAUGUGCCGUCCUACCGAAAGACGACAAAAAUUGCUGUUUCAGUCAAGACGCCAUGGGUGGUGCGAAGGUUGUUGGUGGUGGAUUCGGCUUUGGUGGAUCACUUAAUGUCCCACACAAGAAAGAAGAUAUGCUGAUGUAUAGCAUGAGGGAGGUCAGCGGAGGCACUGGUAACAACGAGGUGCUGAAUAGUAUCAAAACAAGUGCGGAGGUGACCAAAGCCAGCGUUUCGUGGAAAACAGAGAGCGGCGAAGGUUGUUAUCUUCCAGCGACACCGCAGUCUGAGGCCUAUCAUAGCUUCUUAAGCAACAUCAACGAACAGGUGAAAUCAGAGGGUCUACAGAUAGCGCAGCAUGAUUUGCACUGUAAUUUCCUGGAGGAUCAGGGCCCAGAGUGUCUUUUAAUGGCUAGGGAGAGUGGGAGCUUGGAGUCUUCAGGGCACAGACAAGCAUGCAGGCUGAAGGAAGACCACUGUGCUUUGAGUUACGAAGAGGACCUCAUUCCAGUCGAAGGCGGCAAGCGCAAACAGAAGAAGAGAGAUCAGAACAAAACCGCCGCUCACAGGUACCGCCAGAGGAAAAGGGCGGAGCUAGAUUCUUUGGAGGAACAGUUGCAUGGCCUUGAAGGGAGGAACCGGGAGCUCCGGGACAAGGCAGAGUCGGUAGAACGUGAAAUCCAGUACGUCAAAGACCUGCUGAUUGAAGUUUACAAGGCCCGCAGCCAAAGGCUCAAGCAGGACACAACAGCAUAACACCAAGCUCCUGCAAGUACAUUUAAAGAGGGCGCAACAGGGAGAUUUUGGCGCUCUUUGUGUCUUUAAGAUUGUGCAGGAUUGAAUGUGUAAUUUUUUUUUAAUGGCGGGUGGGGUAAAUGCAUGCUUUGCUAAUGUGAGUUAUUUUUUACAUUUUAAAUCAACACAAUCCGAUGCUCCCAUAGCUUUCGCACUCUAAUCACUUGAGCCUGCACUGUGGCAUUGCAAUGCUUUAAAUGACAAUCAUUUUUAAUAGAUCUCACACUGCCUGGAUCUACUAAUUGAAAUAUGGUUAUUUCUGAUGAAGUAAUGUUAUUCAUUAUGCAGGUUUAAUAUUAUCAACAGCCUUACAUUUGAAUUGAUGUCAGCAAUAGAACUUAAUGUAUUUUUUUUAUUUUCAAAUUUUAUUUACAAUUACUGUAUCACCCAUUACAAUAGUUGAAGUCGUCAAAAAUGUUGUUGGUGUCUACACAUGAAGGUGCAUCAUUUCAUUUUGAACAUAUCUUUCAAACCAAAUACUUUUCUAAAAUAAUUUCUCGACUCUCUUGAACAGCAAAUGUUAUUUCGGUUCCUAUGAAUAGUGUAUAGCGUAUUAGGAUUGGCUUGAAGAUGUAUCGGCUUUUACAACUGCGGAAAGAACGGCUGAUGUACAGAAGAGCAAGAAACUUUUCUUCAUCAACCGUAGCAAAUAUUUUUAUCAGUUUAAUAUUGUUACAUUUUUUGGGACAAAGCCUUUGAUUGACUUCAGGUUUAACGCAGCCUAAAAUAUUUGGUCGUUAAAAGGAUUUGGAUGUUUGAACAUGUAGUUCCUUUAUACUUUUACUGAAGGUCAAACAUUUCCAUUUUACCCAGCUUUGUUAGAAAAAUGAUUUUGUCCACUGUACUUCAAUUUGUUGUUUAGCCACCUAAUAUUUACAAUACUUUUAAUGCCCAAAUCACCCAUUUCUUUCAGCAGUGACUAAUGUCCAAAUUAUAGAUCCUGUGACCAAGAUAAUUAAAUAAUAAUUUAUACAGUUUUGAAAGUAUACACUGCCAUUGUAUUGUGUUUGUUGCAGUUUGCAAAAUUUUGCAAAUAAUACAAUCUAUUUUGCAGCUCAGGAAAUACAAUUUGUUGUCCAGUCUUACAAAUGCCAGUGGAUGAUUCAUGGCCGGAGACAUCUGUCUUUUAUUUUACAUGGUAAAGAUUUCACUGCUAUUGACAUACAUGUUCUCCUGAUGUAAAAAAAAAAAAAAA